GAUGAAUUGACUGCGUUGAAUGUGAAGCAAGGAUUUAAUAAUCAACCGGCAGUGUCAGGGGAUGAACAUGGAAGUGCUAAAAAUGUCAACUUCAAUCCCUCAAAGGUGAUCUUCUACUCAUUAAUGUUUCUCUCUGUAUUACAUGUAGUGAAUCAUUAUGCAUGGUGUAUGUACAGUAGGAUAUUUAGUUAAUUGCAUACUUCCCUAUUACCCCAACAGAUUAGUUCAAACUUCAGCAGCAUCAUUGCAGAGAAGCUGCGUUACAACACAUUUCCAGACACAGGCAAACGGAAGCCGCAGGUCAACCAGAAGGACAAUUUCUGGCUUGUUACUGCCAGGUCACAGAGCUCUAUCAACAACUGGUUUACAGAUUUGUCUGGAACUAAACCACUCACCCAGCUGGCCAAGAAGGUAGGACUUUGUACCAAAAACAUCCCCGGGGGCCACAUUCAGCAGAGCACUACAUUGUGAAAGAAAUAUGUUGUGUUCUGGCCUGGGGUGGUCUAGCGGUCUAUGCUGUUGCCUCUGGAGCACAUGUACAAUGUACCACUGCCAGCAUGAGUUCGAAUCCGGCUCACUGUUCUUUCAGCACUCUCUUUCCCUUCUUCACCUCUCUAUCUCUCACCAUUCAAUAAACAUACAAAAUGCCCCAAAAAUAUAUAUAAAUAAAUAUGAUAUGUAGGAAGAACAAGCCUCUCUGACAUGUAAACUAAGGAAUCGUAUUGGCUCUAUUAAUGAAAUUUCAAUCUACAAAGUUCGAGAAUGUUUACCUACUGAACAUGGCCCUACUCUUCCCAUGACUAAGUCAACUUUAACCAGAAGCACAAGCACAAUAUGUCUGCCUUGGGUGAAUUAUACUGUCUUUACUACAUCGCAAUUAUUAGACUGUCACUUAACAUAAUACAAAAUAUUCUGCAGCAACAUCCUCCAUCAUACCUUGUUUUGUUAAAUUGUGUUGGUGUACCAGGUGCCAAUCUUUAGUAAAAAGGAGGAGGUUUUUGGCUACUUGGCCAAGUACACAGUACCUGUGAUGCGGUCAGCAUGGAUGAUCAAGAUGACCUGUGCGUAUCACGCCGCCAUCACAGAAACAAAAGUCAAGAAGCGGCACGUGAUUGACCCCUGCAUAGGUAAGCAAACACUCCUUAAAAUAUAUAGCCUAACCAUCCUCCUAGGAACAUCAUAGAUCUUUUUAUGGUUGAGCAUGUUCCAGCUAACCCCCUAUGGCCAAAGCUCCUCAUGAAUGUAACAUUCCAAUAUCCUGGGUGUGUUCACUGCCAUUUAGAAAAGAUAAGCUGCUAUAUCUCUAUAAUUUUGCUCGGUCAUGCUGCAUUAACAGGAGCAUAUGCCAUUGGGAUGAAUUGAACUCUAAUGCUAUGUUCUUUCUGUCUGCACUGCAGAAUGGACUCAGAUCAUCACUAAGUACCUGUGGGAACAGUUGCAGAAGGUGGCCGAGUUCUACCGCCAGUCUCCCAGCCAGGGCUGUGGCUCUCCUCUCCCGGCCACCUCGGCCGAGGUGGAUACGGCAAUGAAGCAGUGGGAGUACAACGAGAAGCUGGCCAUGUUCAUGUUCCAGGUUGGAUGGUCCUUUGGUUUGUCUGUUUCUUUGUCUGUUUGCCUGCCUGUGUCAGGUUGCAUGUCUGUCUCUCUGUCUGUUUGUCUGCCUGCCUCAACCGGGGACCUAUGUAUCUGCCUUGUCUGAUGAGUUUGUGAUAAGCGAAAUAUAUAUACAUUUUCACUAAACAGUUUGAAAUUGAUUGAGUUGUUACUUGGUUCGAAUUUUGUGACUUUGAUGUUAGCUUUUCGUCAUUGCAUAGCUGUCUGCAAUGGCUGUUGUGGUAGUAUAGCCCUAUUUCACUAUUACGUCACUGUAUAAACAACGUGCUGCAUGCCGGGUUCAUUAGGGGGAAAACAGCUAGCAGCUAGCAAGUUAGCUUCUUUUUAGAGGGCCAGUCAUUUCUGUGGUAAACUAAACCAUGAGGUAAGCGAUAAGACAUUUUAAUGUAUGAUUUUAUGAUUAAUGCCAGAUGCAAUCAUAGCAUGACAAACAAGAAAAAACAGUUCACUUUGGGCAUUUUAUGAUGCUAAUCUCUAGCUAGCCCACAUACAGUACAUUGUUUCCACCGUAACGUACAGUGCCUUCAGAAAGUAUUCACACCCCUUGACUUUUUCCACAUUUUGUUAUAAAUUGGGAUUAAAAUGGAUUUUUAUUUUUUCAUGUUCUACACAAAAUACUAAUGUCUGUGGAUAAGUGGAUUCUUAUGUAGAAGGGCUGAGGAGCUCAGUUCUGGUGACUCUUUAAAAUAACAUUCUACUCCAAAAUGAAAGAAAAUAAGCAUGCUGACACCAAAAUAGAAUUUCCACCUCCAGCAAUUAGCCCAAUAACACAUUGGGGAAAUGAUUUGUUAAAAUGAUUUCAACAUAUUGUGCCAUGUACUGUAUAUACAGUGGGGAAAAAAAGUAUUUAGUCAGCCACCAAUUGUGCAAGUUCUCCCACUUAAAAAGAUGAGAGAGGCCUGUAAUUUUCAUCAUAAGUACACGUCAACUAUGACAUACAAAUUGAGGGAAAAAAAUCCAGAAAAUCAUAUUGUAGGAUUUUUAAUGAAUUUAUUUGCAAAUUAUGGUGGAAAAUAAGUAUUUGGUCACCUACAAACAAGCAAGAUUUCUGGCUCUCACAGACCUGUAACUUCUUCUUUAAGAGGCUCCUCUGUCCUCCACUCGUUACCUGUAUUAAUGGCACCUGUUUGAACUUGUUAUCAGUAUAAAAGACACCUGUCCACAACCUCAAACAGUCACACUCCAAACUCCACUAUGGCCAAGACCAAAGAGCUGUCAAAGGACACCAGAAACAAAAUUGUAGACCUGCACCAGGCUGGGAAGACUGAAUCUGCAAUAGGUAAGCAGCUUGGUUUGAAGAAAUCAACUGUGGGAGCAAUUAUUAGGAAAUGGAAUACAUACAAGACCACUGAUAAUCUCCCUCGAUCUGGGGCUCCACGCAAGAUCUCACCCCGUGGGGUCAAAAUUAUCACAAGAACGGUGAGCAAAAAUCCCAGAACCACACAGGGGGACCUAGUGAAUGACCUGCAGAGAGCUGGGACCAAAGUAACAAAGCCUACCAUCAGUAACACACUACGCCGCCAGGGACUCAAAUCCUGAGUGUCCCCCUGCUUAAGCCAGUACAUGUCCAGGCCCGUCUGAAGUUUGCUAGAGUGCAUUUGGAUGAUCCAGAAGAGGAUUGGGAGAAUGUCAUAUGGUCAGAUGAAACCAAACUAGAACUUUUUGGUAAAAACUCAACUCGUCGUGUUUGGAGGACAAAGAAUACUGAGUUGCAUCCAAAGAACACCAUACCUACUGUGAAGCAUGGGGGUAGAAACAUCAUGCUUUGGGGCUGUUUUUCUGCAAAGGGACCAGGACGACUGAUCCGUGUAAAGGAAAGAAUGAAUGGGGCCAUGUAUCGUGAGAUUUUGAGUGAAAAUCUCCUUCCAUCAGCAAGGGCAUUGAAGAUGAAACGUGGCUGGGUCUUUCAGCAUGACAAUGAUCCCAAACACACCGCCCGGGCAACGAAGGAGUGGCUUCGUAAGAAGCAUUUCAAGGUCCUGGAGUGGCCUAGCCAGUCUCCAGAUCUCAACCCCAUAGAAAAUCUUUGGAGGGAGUUGAAAGUCUGUGUUGCCCAGCUACAGCCCCAAAACAUCACUGCUCUAGAGGAGAUCUGCAUGGAGGAAUGGGCCAAAAUACCAGCAACAGCGUGUGAAAACCUUGUGAAGACUUACAGAAAACGUUUGACCUGUGUCAUUGCCAACAAAGGGUAUAUAACAAAGUAUUGAGAAACUUUUGUCAUUGACCAAAUACUUAUUUCCCACCAUAAUUUGCAAAUAAAUUCAUAAAAAAUCCUACAAUAUGAUUUUCUGGAAUUUUUUUCCUCAUUUUGUCUGUCAUAGUUGACGUGUACCUAUGAUGAAAAUUACAGGCCUCUCUCAUCUUUUUAAGUGGGAGAACAUGCACAAUUGGUGGCUGAUUAAAUACUUUUUUUCCCCACUGUAGCCUAUGCAAGGUCCAUAUUAUCAGGUAUGCUAUUAGCAAUAAACAUUAUCACCUUUAGCCCAACUGAUGCAGCAAAGUGCAAAUAAAUAGGCUGAAGCAUGGGGUUGCCUAUCUCCAUUUACCAUAUUGGGCUAAUCAUUAGCCUGAUCUCAAAUGUGAUCUUUUAACUAGUUAUUAUCAUAUUGAUGAAUUUUAUGUCCCCAAAAAACGUGCAUAAACACUGAAUAUAAUGUAGGCCUACCUGGAAGGGUAACUUGGGGUAAAAAGCCCCCUGCUUGUACUUCUCACAGAAACCACUUGGUCACAAUCUUUUCCCCCGCUACUCUUGCUCAACAAAAAAUAUUAUCUGUCUCAUCACAAAACCCCGGGUUGAAAAUGUUGCAAUUCGUGCAUAUUUAGGAGUUGAGAAAUAAAGUAGGAAUGGAAAGCUGGCAUUCCCCUCUUUUUAACAAAAGCCAUUACAACUGCUGUUUUUGCGAUUGCAAGGUUAUUAUUUUUGUGUCCCCAAUUGGUAGUUAGUCUUGUCCCAUCGCUGCAACUCCCCUGUGGACUCGGGAGAGGCGAAGGUCGAGAGCCAUGCGUCCUCCGAAACACGAACCUGCCAAGCCGCACUGCUUCUUGACACACUGAUCGCUUAACCUGGAAGCCAGCCGCACCAAUGUGUCGGAAGAAACACCGUCCAGCUGGCGAUGGGACCCUCGCCUAACCCAGAUGACACUGGGCCAAUUGUGCGCCGCCUCAUGGGUCUCCCGGUCACGGCCGGGACGUCACACAGCCUGGGAUUGAACCCGGGUCUGUAGUGACACCUCAAGCACUGCGAUGUAAUGCCUAAGACCGCUGCGCCACUCGGGAGGCCAACAAUUGCAAGAAUUGUGGUGCAUUGAGUGCUUGUCAGAAUGCAUGUUUCCCUCCCAAUGGCACUUAUAACAUGAAUGCGCCACGAGAGGAAUAUAUAUCUAGCAUAGAACACAACAACAAGCCUACUAGGUAAAUAUAUAAACUAUUCUAAUAUGGGCUUGUUAGAUUUUUCUAUUAAUUACUCGUUUUGUUUGCGGAGGAAAAGUACAUUUGGAAUGUUCUAGCAUCUUCAAAAUGCGCCUCAGCGGAAAUAUUUGUUAAUGUUCCAUAUAGUUUUUUGUUGCGUGGCGGCAAUGAUUUUGCCGUGGCGCAGCACCACAUCAAAAUGAGUGCAGCGUAAACGCUGCCUUGUGGUGAAAUCCCUGAGCAGUUUCCUUCCUCUCCGGCAACUGAGUUAGGAAGGACGCAUGUAUCUUUGUAGUGACUGGGUGUAUUAAUACACCAUCCAAGGCGUAAUUAAUAACUUCACCAUGCUCAAUGUGAUAUUCAGUGCUUUUUAAAGUUUUACCCAUCUACUAAUAGGUGCCCUGCUUUGCGAGGCAUUUGAAAACCUCCCUGGUCUUUAUGGUUGAAUCUGUGCUUGAAAUUCACUACUCUACUGAGGGACCUUACAGAUAAUUGUAUGUGUGCAAAAAUCAUGUUAACCACUAUUAUUGCAACUUAUUAUGUGACUUGUUAAGCAAAUGUUUUACUACUGAAGAUAUUUAUGCUUGCCAUAAGAAAGGGGUUGAAUACUUACUGACUCAAGACAUUUCAGCUUUUAAUUCUUUAUUAAUUUGUAAAAAAUCAAAUAAAUCCACUUUGACAUGGUGGGGUAUUGUGUGUAGAUCAGUGGCACAAAAUGUUCAAUUCAGGCUGUAACACAACAAAAUGUGCAAUAAGUCAAGGGGUGUGAAUACUUUCUGAAGGCACUUUAAUAGUGAAAUGGGGUAGCCGGCAUCAUACACCACAUUCUUUACACUGACGUAAUAGUGAAAUGAGGUAAUUUCAUAGGGUUAACUUACCCUAAAUACUUCAUGCUGUAGAAGGCCAAGCAAUAACAAACGGUUGUUUGCUUGUAUCCAGGAUGGCAUGCUAGACAGACACGAGUUCCUCACGUGGGUGUUGGAAUGCUUUGAGAAGGUCCGACCUGGAGAAGAUGAGCUUCUGAAGCUGCUACUGCCCCUCCUGCUACAGGUAAAUGCCUAUAUACUAUCCAUCAUCUUAAUAAUUUGGUGGGUGCUUAUAUUUGUCCUAUUUCACAUAAGUGUGUAUUGGAAAUAUGUUUUUUUUUUGCAUAUCCCAACUCCUCCUGAGACACCCUCAGAGAGUGGGGUCACGGCCAGGGUCUGCCAUUAUCAACAGAGCAUUUAGGGUUAAGUGCCUUGCAUGAGCACAUGUUUCACCUAGUCAGCGCUUGGAUUUGAACUAGCAACCUCUAAGUUACUGGCCUAAUGCUGUAACCACUAGGCUAUCUUUCUCUUACUGCAGUGAUGGAUUUCAUUCUCCAAGUUACAAACCACAUAUUUCAUGUGGAAGGUGUAACUUAAGGAGACACUCACAGAGAUGUAAUUUAUCUUAAUGAAUCAGGAAAUGUCCAGGUUUUUUGACAUCCUCUAAUUGUACAGUUGGGGGCAUUAUAAGCUACUUUUUCAAACGACCUUUGGUGCAGCAAUGGUACAUUGUUAAUGUGACAAACUCUCUCGCAGGGUGACACCAAACACGAAGUUCAUUAGCAAUCAUCUAACAUUAACCUAUGUAACGAAAAACAUUUCAGAAAUAUGCCCCUGCCGGUACAGUUUAAUCCACUUUGAAGCAAAUGUAUUUACCUGCACUGCGUUACAGCUUAACUUUUACAGGUUAGUCAUUGAAGCUGACCUAGCUACCCUCUCCUCCGUUUUUCCCUGUAUUCCAUUGUUGUGAUCACAUAUCAGCUCUGAAGAGUGGGUACUGACCUUGUGAGUCGUGUGCCCUCCAUCAGUACUCAGGGGAGUUUGUGCAGUCGGCCUACCUGUCCCGGAGGCUGGCCUAUUUCUGCACGCGACGCCUCAACCUGCUGCUAAGCGACGGGAGCCUGGGGCCCGGAGCCGGGGGACACCCGGCCCACAGCAUCCUGGCACAGCCAGGGAACGCCCUGCCGCCCACGCCCACCUCCCAGCCCGCAGGGGGCAAUCAGCCCCAGACCCCCUUCACAGACUUCUACAUCUGCCCCCAACACAGGCCCUUGGUGUUUGGGCUCAGCUGCAUGCUACAGGUACACAAAAAACACACUCCAUAGCCUUUCCACUGAACUGAAUGGAUUGCCUAAUACUGCUACUGCAGUACUAUUAUACUACUAUUAAUAUUACUGUUAAGCCAUAAGGCUAGUAUAGUACAUGGCUAAGUUGGUAAUCUAGCUCUGGUAAAAUGUUCACUGUUGUGAUUGUUCCUGAUUAAAUUCUAUUGUAGAUUACAUUUUUCCAUAUUGUAAUAAACUGGAUAGGUGCAGUGAAAUGGGUUGUUUUACAGGGGCAGCCAUAGUAGUAUGGCGCCCCUGGAGCAAAUUAGGGUUAAGUGCCUUGUUUAAGGACACAUUGACAGAUAUUUAACCUUGUCGGCUCGGGUAUUCAAACCGGUGACCUUUCGGUUACUGGCCCAACGCUCUAACUGCUAGGCUACCUGCCGCCCUAUUGUCAACCACAUCCCUAAAUUCUUCUUCUCCUCGUCUUCGUUUCGUCAGAGUAUCAUGCUAUGCUGUCCCAGUGCCCUGGUGUGGCACUACUCUCUGACAGACAGCCGGAACAAGACUGGUUCCCCACUGGACCUACUGCCCAUCUCCCCCUCCAACCUGCCCAUGCCAGGGGGAAACGGCACCUUUACACAGCAGGUAAGGCCCAGAGUCUGGUUCCUGUCAAGGUUUCUUCCCACCUAGGGAGAUAUUCCAUGCAACUGUACCUUUGGCAUUGGGUUUGGAUUAUGACCCUGCUGAUUGCUGCGCAGCACUUUGAGACUAAUGCAUUUGUCGAUUGAUUGAAAGUGAUUUUAAAUAUUGACUGGCUUUCAUCAAGCUGCCUACUCAACAAAAAUCUUUAUAAACUGUAACCAGUGCCUGCAACCUGGUUCAGGUAUCAGUCAACCUACCAGGGUAGUUACAAACAGCACAGGAAUGAAAUUAUCAACAUGUAUUGAUCACAUCUUUAUUAAUGCUGCAGAAAUUUGCUUGAAAGCAGUGUCCAGAUCCAUCGGAUGUAGUGAUCACAAUAUAGUACCCAUACAGUGAGGGGGAAAAAAGUAUUUGAUCCCCUGCUGAUUUUGUACGUUUGCCAACUGACAAAGAAAUGAUCAGUCUAUAAUUUUAAUGGUAGGUUUAUUUGAACAGUGAGAGACAGAAUAACAACAAAAAAAUCCAGAAAAACGCAUUUCAAAAAUGUUAUAAAUUGAUUUGCAUUUUAAUGAGGGAAAUAAGUAUUUGACCCCCUCUCAAUCAGAAAGAUUUCUGGCUCCCGGGUUUCUUUUAUACAGGUAACGAGCUGAGAUUAGGAGCACACUCUUAAAGGGAGUGCUCCUAAUCUCAGUUUGUUACCUGUAUAAAAGACACCUUUCCACAGAAGCAAUCAAUCAAUCAGAUUCCAAACUCUCCACCAUGGCCAAGACCAAAGAGCUCUCCAAGGAUGUCAGGGACAAGAUUGUAGACCUACACAAGGCUGGAAUGGGCUACAAGACCAUCGCCAAGCAGCUUGGUGAGAAGGUGACAACAGUUGGUGCGAUUAUUCGCAAAUGGAAGAAACACAAAAGAACUGUCAAUCUCCCUCGGCCUGGGGCUCCAUGCAAGAUCUCACCUCGUGGAGUUGCAAUGAUCAUGAGAACGGUGAGGAAUCAGCCCAGAACUACACGGGAGGAUCUUGUCAAUGAUCUCAAGGCAGCUGGGACCAUAGUCAGCAAGAAAACAAUUGGUAACACUCUACGCCGUGAAGGACUGAAAUCCUGCAGCGUCCGCAAGGUCCCCCUGCUCAAGAAAGCACAUAUACAUGCCCGUCUGAAGUUGAACAAUGAACAUCUGAAUGAUUGAGGAGAACUGGGUGAAAGUGUUGUGGUCAGAUGAGACCAAAAUUGAGCUCUUUGGCAUCAACUCAACUCGCCGUGUUUGGAGGAGGAGGAAUGCUGCCUAUGACCCCAAGAACACCAUCCCCACCGUCAAACAUGGAGGUGGAAACAUUAUGCUUUGGGGGUGUUUUUCUGCUAAGGGGACAGGACAACUUCACCGCAUCAAAGGGACGAUGGACGGGGCCAUGUACCGUCAACUCUUGGGUGAGAACCUCCUUCCCGCAGCCAGGGCAUUGAAAAUGGGUCGUGGAUGGGUAUUCCAGCAUGACAAUGACCCAAAACACACGGCCAAGGCAACUAAGGAGUGGCUCAAGAAGAAGCACAUUAAGGUCCUGGAGUGGCCUAGCCAGUCUCCAGACCUUAAUCCCAUAGUAAAUCUGUGGAGGGAACUGAAGGUUCGAGUUGCCAAACGUCAGGCUCGAAACCUUAAUGACUUGGAGAAGAUCUGCAAAGAGGAGUGGGACAAAAUCCCUCCUGAGAUGUAUGCAAACCUGGUGGCCAACUACAAGAAACGUCUGACCUCUGUAAUUGCCAACAAGGGUUUUGCUACCAAGUACUAAGUAAUGUUUUGCAGAGGGGUCAAAUACUUAUUUCCCUCCUUAAAAUGCAAAUCAAUUCAUAACAUUUUUAACAUGUGUUUUUUUGGAUUUUGUUGUUGUUGUUCUGUCUCUCACUGUUCAAAUAAACCUACCAUUAAAAUUAUAGACUGAUCAUUUCUUUGUCAGUGGGCAAACAUACAAAAUCAGCAGAGGAUCAAAUACCUUUUUCCCUCACUGUAUCUAGGAAAACUAAAGUUUUAAAGGCUGGGCCUAAUAUAGUGUAUAAGAGGUCAUACAAUAGGUUUUGUAGUGAUUCCUAUGUUGUUGAUGUAAAGAAUAUAUAUGUUGAUCCGUGGUGUGUAAUGAGGAGCAAACAGACACUGCACUUGACACAUUUAUGAAAUUGCUUAUUCCAGUUACUAAUAAGCAUGCACCCAUUAAAAAAUUGACUGUAAAAACUGUUGAAUCCCUGUGGUUUGAUGAGGAAUUGAACAAUUGUAUAGUUGAGAGGGAUGAGGCAAAAGGAAUGGCAAUUAAUUCUGGCUGCACAACCGAUUGGCAAAUGUAUUACAAAUUGAGAAAUCAUGUGACUAAACUGAAUAAAAAGAAGAAGAAACUACACUAUGAAACUAAGAUAAAUAACAAAGUAUGAUUAGUAAAAAGCUUUGGAGCACCUUAAAUGAAAUUUUUUUGGGGGGGAAGGCAAAUUCAGCUCUAUCAUUCAUUGAAUCAGAUGGCUCAUUCAUCACAAAACCCACUGAUAUUGCCAACUACUUUAAUUAUUCUUUCAUUGGCAAGAUUAGCAAAUUUAGGCAUGACAUGCCAGCAACAAAUUCUGACACUACACAUCCAAGUAUAUCUGACCAAUUUAUGAAAGAAAAACAUUGUAAUUUUGAAUUCUGUAAAGUGAGUGUGGAAGAGGUGAAACAAUUGUCUAUCAACAAUGACAAGGCACCGGGGUCUGACAACUUGGAUGGAAAAUUACUGAGGAUGAUAGCGGACGAUAUUGCCACUCCUAUUUGCCAUAUUUUCAAUUUAAGCCUACUAGAAAGUGUGUGCCCCCAGGCUAGGAGGGAAGCAAAAGUCAUUCUGCUACCUAAGAAUAGUAAAGCCCCCUUUACUGGCUCAAACAGCCGACCAAUUAGCCUGUUACCAACCCAUAGUAAACUUUUGGAAAAAAUUGUGUUUGACCAAAUACAAUGUUAUUCUACAGAAAACAAAUUGACAACAAACGUUCAGCAUGCUUACAGGGAAGGACAUUCAACAAGCACAUACACAAAUGACUGAUUAUUGGCUGAGAGAAAUGUUUAAUAAAAAGAUUGUGUGGGCUUUGUUGUUCGACUUCAGUGCAGUUUUUGAUAUUAUCGAUCAUAGUCUGCUGCUGUAAAAACGUAUGUGUUAUGGCUUUACACCCCCUGCUAUAUUGUGGAUAAAGAGUUACCUGUCUAACAGAACACAGAGGGUGUUCUUUAAUGGACGCCUCGCCAACAUAAUCCAGGUAGAAUCAGGAAUUCCCCAGGGCAGCUGUCUAGGCCCCUUACUUUCUUCAAUCUUUACUAACGACACGAGGAAAGCCAGUGUGUCUAUGUAUGCGGAUGACUAAACACUAUACAUGUCAGCUAAUACAGUGACUGAAUUGAGUGCAACACUUAACAAAGAGCUGCAGUUAGUUUCAGAGUGGGUGGCAAGGAAUAAGUUAGUCCUAAGUAUUUCUAAAACUAAAAGCAUUGUAUUUGGGACAAAUCAUUCAACUAAAUCUUGUAAUAAAAAAUGUGGAAAUUGAGCAAGUUGAGGUGACAACUGUUUGGAGUAACCCUGGAUUAUGAACUGUCAUGGUCAAAACAUAUUGAUACAACAGAAACUAAGUCUGUCCAUAAUAAAACGCUGCUCUACCUUCUUAACAGCACUAUCAACAAGGCAGGUCCUACAGGCUCUAGUUUUGUCGCACCUGGACUACUGUUCAGUCGUGUGGUCAGCUGCCACAAAAAGGGACUUAGGAAAAUUGCAAUUGGCUCAGAACAGGGCAGCACGGCUGGCCCUUGGAUGUACACAGAGAGCUAAUAUUAAUAAUAUGCAUGUCAAUCUCUCCUGGCUCAAAGUGGAGGAGAGAUUGACUUCAUCACUACUUGUAUUUAUGAGAGGUAUUGACAUGUUGAAUGCACCGUGCUGUCUGUUUUGAACUACUGGCGCACAGCUCGGACACCCAUGCAUACCCCACAAGACAUGCCACCAGAGGUCUCUUCACGGUCCCCAAGUCCAGAACAGACUUUGGGAGGCGCACAGUACUACAUAGAGCCAUGACUACAUGGAACUCUAUUCCACAUCAAGUAACUGAUGCAAGCAGUAAAAUUAGAUUGAAAAAAAACUGAUCAAAAUACACCUUAUGGAACAGCGGGGACUGUGAAGCAACACAAACAUAGACACAUGCAUACACACACACGAUAACAUACGCACUAUACACACACGUACACACGUAUUUUGUACUGUAGAUAUGUGGUAGUGGUGGAGUAGGGGCCUGAGGGCACACAGUGCGUUGUAAAUGUAUUGUAAUGUUUUAAACAUUUUAAAAACAGCCUUAAUUUUGCUGAACCCCAGGAAGAUUAUGGAAGAAUGGGGAUCCAUAAUAAAAACAAAUACAAAUACACACUAUGAGGUUAACAUCAUUGCUUGCCUGGUGACUACUAGAUUGAGAUUUGUAUUUGUCCUCUGUCUUCCCCAUUAGCUGCUGCCGAGGUAGCAGCUACUCUUCCUGGGGUCCAGCAACAUUAAGGCAGUUCUAUACAAUAAAAAAUAUUACAGGACAUUACAUUUCAUAAUACUUUUCACAACACAUUAAGUGUGUUCCCUCAGGUCACUACAUAUCUACAACACAAAAUCCAUGUGUACGUGUGUCUGUAGAGUGCGUUUCUUAUCAUGUGUAUGUGUGUCUGUGCCUGUGUGUGUGUCUCUUCACGGUCCCCGCUGUUCCAUAAGGUGUAUUUUUAUCUGUUUUUUUAAAUCUCAUUCUACUGCUUCCAUCAGUUACCUGAUGUGGAAUAGAGUUCCAUGUAGCCAUGGCUCUACGUAGUACUGUGCGCCUCCCAUAGUCUGUUCUUGACUUGGGGAUUGUGCAUUCAGCAUGUCAACACUUCUUACAAAAACAUGUAGUGAUGAAGUCAAUCUCUCCUCCACUUUGAGCCAUGAGAGAUUUACAUGCAUAUCUGCUUAUCGCAGUCUUAUCUAUGCUUUUAUAUCAGGUCCGUGCAAAGGUGCGAGAAAUAGAGGAGCAGGUCAAGGACCGAGGGCAGGCUGUGGAGUUCCGCUGGUCCUUUGAUAAAUGUCAGGAGACAACUGCUGGUAAAGAAACUGCUGAUAAGAUCAUAGGCACCUAUACAAUUACACAAUAAUACAUCCAGACAAUGACUCUAUGGGCCGGUUUCCCAGACAAAGAUUAAGGCUAGUCUUGGACUAAAAAUCUAUUUCAAUGGAGAUUCUCCAUUGAGCAUGCUUUUUAGUUCAGCACUAGGCUUAAUCUGUGUCCGGGUUAACCAGCCCUAGGUGUAUAAGGAAAAUGGAAAUGAGCAACAUUUAGUGUUUUACUUGGAAUAAUUGUACUUUUUUUUUUCUUUCACCAGGCUUUACCAUUGGGAGGGUCCUACACACCCUGGAGGUUCUAGACAACCACAGCUUUGAGAAGUCAGACUUCAGCAAUUCCCUUGAUUCCCUUUACAACCGCAUCUUUGGCUCGGGCCAGAGCAAAGACGGCCACGAGGUAAAGAUGUUUUCCAUCAAUACUGCAGCGCUCUCUAAGAUGAGCACUCCUGCAUAUGUCAAGUCUGAAGACUUCAAUGGUUUUCAAUUGCAGAUGAAAAGGCAAAAUUUCAAGUGUGAGCAAGAGCACAACUAACACCACCUGGAAAAAAUUCUGCUUCCUCAGAUUCCAUUUGGCCCUUGUCAUUACAGUAUAACACAUUACAUUUCUUCUUCUGGGGACAAUUAACUGCAUUCUAUUUGACUCUAUUCUAUUUGAAUAUAUUCUUCUAGAAACACUACAUAGAGGUCUCCAGACACAGGUUUCCCUGCUCUAUGGUCCUUGCCCUGACAUGUUUCUCUGUGUAGAUGUCCCCUGACGACGACGCGGUGGUGACCCUGCUGUGUGAGUGGGCGGUGUGCUGCAAGAGGUCUGGCCGCCACAGGGCCAUGGUGGUGGCCAAGCUACUGGAGAAGAGACAGGCGGAGAUCGAAGCCGAGGUGAGGGAGAGGCCCACACAAAUGCACACUUGCGCACACACACAUAUACACACACACAAAUACACUCUGACAAUGGCAGAGUUUCCGCAUCAUGACUACAGCACCGUGACUGCUCCCUGCUCCACAAUGACACGGGCCCAUGAGUCACUCAGCCACGACUGUUCCUGAGGUUUCUCCUUUGUUGCCUCUUGAAAACAGGUCUCUCUUGCAAAAUAGAUUUGAUUUUGUAUUCCCCCUGUAAGGUAUAUUUGCUCAAUGGCAGUGGUUCUCACACUAUGCGUGUGAUUGUGUGUGUUCACAGAGGUGCGGCGAGUCGGAGGUGGUGGAUGAGAAAGGAUCGGUGUCAUCGGGCUCUCUCUCAGCGGCCACUCUGCCUGUGUUUCAGGACGUGCUCCUACAGUUCCUGGACACCCAGGCCCCCAUGCUCAGUGAGACUGCCCUUCACUUCACUCAUACCACUAUUCAAUUAUAUUCCCUUAUUUUGGUUGUCUGCAGCUACGUCCCUAAGGGCACCCUAUUCUCUAUAAAGCACUACUUUUCACCAGGGCCCAUAUGUCACGUUUGACCACAGCCCUAUUGGCCCUGGUCAAAAGUAGUGCACUAUAAAUGGAAUAUAGGGUGCCAUUUAGGCUCUCUGCAUCUCUUGAUAUUGCUCUUGAUUCCAUCACUCUUUUGGAUUUCCGGUCUGCCCAACGGUUGAGUUGUUAUGCACUACUAUGUCUCUGGGACUUGAGCCAUGCUGUACUGCGCUGGUCUAGUUACACAUCCACCCUAGUGCUGAAAAGGACAAUGUGAAAAGAAAACAUCCGCAACAGCACAGUAUUGUUCGGGUCGGCACGAUAGUGGGAAAAGGGUAUUGGUGUUGGGUUAGCUAAACUUAAUAAGGGUCUUGUGCGGCUUAGUUGGUAGAGCAUGGCGCUUGCAUCAGGAUAAUGCGUUCGAUUCCCGCUUGGGCCACCCAUACGAAAAUGUAUGUUAGUCGCUUUGGAUAAAAGUGUUUGCUAAAUGUCAUAUUAUUAUAUUAUAAACCUUUCUGUUACUGCUGCUAAUGCUGGAGUGUAUAGUGACAAACUAUCUCCCUCUGUCCCUCCUUAGCUGAGCCGAGCAACGAGAGCGAGCGUGUGGAGUUCUCCAACCAGGUGCUUCUCUUCUGCGAGCUCAUCCGCCACGAUGUCUUCUCCCACAACAUCUACAUGUGCACGCUCAUCUCCCGCGGCGACCUGGCCUCUGACUCCCACCUGCCCCGCCCCCGUUCCCCUAGCGACGAGCCCUCGGACGAAUCGGAGCGCAAGGAGGCUGGCAGCAGUGUCAAGAACGAGGCAUGUUAUGUGGAGGCGGCUGGUGUUGUUGUUGUUUUAGUGUGCAUGAUGAAUCAUCUUACAUUUAUAUUUGAGUCAUGUGUCACGCCCCAUCAUCAGUAGUUACUCAUUGCUUUUGAAUUGAUUUGGGGAAUAAAACUUGUAUUUUCUUCCUUUUCUUUUCGCAGGACACUGGUCUCUCAGAGUCAAUGGAGAUUGAUCACAACUCGAGUACUAAUUUCGAUGAGGUAAGUGUUUAUGUAUCAUGUCUUAGAUGAUACGAGUAGAAAUUGGCAGCCACUGUAAUGUGCACUAGUGAAUAUUCUCCCUGGCACAACUAUAGUAUUCAUACCUGUACUUCAUCCUACUUUCCCAUUGACCUCUGGAUAACCUUUCCAUGCUGUGUGCAGCCCUAUUCAUUUUAGCGGUCUCUUGUUUUGUAGAUGUUUUCUCCCCCCAUGCACUGUGAGUCAAAGGGCAGCCCCUCCCCCGAGAAGACUGCCCUGGAGCAAGAAGGGAAGGGCGCCUGCAAAGACAAGGGCCUGGAUCCUGCCUUUCCAUUGGUGUACGAGCAGCCCCGCCACAUCCAGUAUGCCACCCACUUCCCCAUCCCCCAGGUAAGCAGUCCAGAGAGAGGCUUUUGCUAGCUCAGCUCUAACACACAGAUGGAAUUUAAUCUGGGACAUCAGUGCAACUCUAGACCAUGUUAGCCCUCUGAGCAAAAGCGUAGGCUCUGGGAGCCAAGUUUACUUAUCACCCCAGCAAAGCUUUGUGAACUACCGCCGCUACAUUGGCACAUACAGUGGGGGGAAAAAGUAUUUAGUCAGCCACCAAUUGUGCAAGUUCUCCCAGUUAAAAAGAUGAGAGAGGCCUGUAAUUUUCAUCAUAGGUACACGUCAACUAUGACAGACAAAUUGAGAGAAAAAAUCCAGAAAAUCACAUUGUAGGAUUUUUUAUGAAUUUAUUUGCAAAUUAUGGUGGAAAAUAAGUAUUCGGUAACAUACAAACAAGCAAGAUUUCUGGCUCUCACAGACCUGUAACUUCUUCUUUAAGAGGCUCCUCUGUCCUCCACUCGUUACCUGUAUUAAUGGCACCUGUUUGAACUUGUUAUGAGUAUAAAAGACAACUGUCCACAACCUCAAACAGUCACACUCCAAACUCCACUAUGGCCAAGACCAAAGAGCUGUCAAAGGACACCAGAAACAAAAUUGUAGACCUGCACCAGGCUGGGAAGAUUGAAUCUGCCAAACCAAGCAGCUUGGUUUGAAGAAAUCAACUGUGGGAGCAAUUAUUAGGAAAUGGAAGACAUACAAGACCACUGAUAAUCUCCCUCGAUCUGGGGCUCCACGCAAGAUCUCACCCUGUGGGGUCAAAAUGAUCACAAGAACGGUGAGCAAAAAUCCCAGAACCACACGGGGGGACCUAGUGAAUGACCUGCAGAGAGCUGGGACCAAAGUAACAAAGCCUACCAUCAGUAACACACUACGCCGCCAGGGACUCAAAUCCUGCAGUGCAAGACGUGUCCCCCUGCUUAAGCCAGUACAUGUCCAGGCCCGUCUGAAGUUUGCUAGAGUGCAUUUGGAUGAUCCAGAAGAGGAUUGGGAGAAUGUCAUAUGGUCAGAUGAAACCAAAAUAGAACUUUUUGGUAAAAACUCAACUCGUCGUGUUUGGAGGACAAAGAAUGCUGAGUUGCAUCCAAAGAACACCAUACCUACUGUGAAGCAUGGGGGUGGAAACAUCAUGCUUUGGGGCUGAUUUUCUGCAAAGGGACCAGGACGACUGAUCCGUGUAAAGGAAAGAAUGAAUGGGGCCAUGUAUCGUGAGCUUUUGAGUGAAAACCUCCUUCCAUCAGCAAGGUUAUUGAAGAUGAAAUGUGGCUGGGUCUUUCAGCAUGACAAUGAUCCCAAACACACCGCCCGGGCAACGAAGGAGUGGCUUCGUAAGAAGCAUUUCAAGGUCCUGGAGUGGCCUAGCCAGUCUCCAGAUCUCAACACCAUAGAAAAUCUUUGGAGGGAGUUGAAAGUCUGUGUUGCCCAGCGACAGCCCCAAAACAUCACUGCUCUAGAGGAGAUCUGCAUGGAGGAAUGGGCCAAAAUACCAGCAACAGUGUGUGAAAACCUUGUGAAGACUUACAGAAAACGUUUGACCUGUGUCAUUGCCAACAAAGCGUAUAUAACAAAGUAUUGAGAAACUUUUGUUAUUGACCAAAUACUUAUUUUCCACCAUAAUUUGCAAAUAAAUUCAUUAAAAAUCCUACAAUGUGAUUUUCUUGAUUUUUUUUUUCUAAUUUUGUCUGUCAUAGUUGACAUGUACCUAUGAUGAAAAUUACAGGACUCUCUCAUCUUUUUAAGUGGGAGAACUUGCACAAUUAGUGGCUGACUAAAUACUUUUUUCCCCCACUGUAUUGUUGGGUUGUUGGUGCAACUCAAGGUCAUGUUAGCCCUUCAAGCUAAAGCCUUUACUUGCGUUACCUCUGGGAGCUAACACACAUUUUCAGGUUUCUGGUAUUGCUUUGCACACAACCUCCACUACAUAGCCUAUGCACAAAUGUACUCACUUCUUGACACAGUUAGCCCUUUGAGCUAAAGCCUAGGCAUUCACUAAGGGUGCUAACACAAUUCUGCAGAUCUCAGAUAACUCCUAACAAGAGCUGCUGCUUUCAAGGAGCAGGACACUAAUCCGGACACUUAUAAGAAAUCCCGCUAUGCCCUCAGACGAACCAUCAAACAGGCAAAGCGUCAAUACAGGACUAAGAUUUAAUCCUACUACGCUGGCUCUGACGGUUGUCGGAUGCCUUUUAAAUGCCUUUUAUGCUCGCUUCGAGGCAAGCAACACUGAAGCACGAUUGUUUGAUCACGCUCUCCGUAGCCGAUGUGAGCAAGACCUUUUAAACAGGUCAACAUUUACAAGGCCGCGGGGCCAGACGGAUUACCAGGACGUGUACUCAGGGCAUGCGCAGACCAACUGGCAAGUGUCUUCAAUGACAUUUUCAACCUCUCCCUGACAGAGUCUGUAAUACCUACAUGUUUCAAGCAGACCACCAUUGUCCCUGUGCCCAAGAAAGCGAAGGCAACCUGCUUAAAUGACUACUGCCCCGUAGCACUCAUAUCAGUAGCCAUGAAGUGCUUUGAAAGGCUGGUCAUGGCUCACAUUAACACCAUCAUCCCUGAAACCCUAGACCCAUUCCAAUUCACAUACCGCCCCAACAAAUCCACAGAUGACGCAAUCGCACUCCACACUGCUCUUUCCCACCUGAACAAAAGGAACACCUAUGUGAGAAUGCUGUUCAUUGACUACAGCUCAGCGUUCAACACCAUAGUGCCCAAAAAGCUCAUCACUAAGCUAAGGACCCUGGGACUAAACACCUCCCUCUGCAACUGGAUCCUGGACUUCCUGACGGGCCGCCCCCAGGUGGUAAGGGUAGGCAACAACACAUCUGCCACACUGAUCCUCAACACAGGGGCCCCUCAGGGGUGCGUACUCAGUCCCCUCCUGUACUCCCUGACCGGUUGCAUCACCGCCUGGUAUGGCGACUGCUCGGCAUCCGACCGUAAGGCGCUACAGAGGGUAGUACGUACGGCCCAGUACAUCACUGGGGCCAAGCUUCCUGCCAUCCAGGACCUAUAUACUAGGCGCGGUGUCAGAGGAAGGCCCAAAAAAUUGUCAAAGACUCCAGUCACCCAAGUCAUAGACUGUUCUCUCUGCUACCGCACGGCAAGCGGUACCGGAGCGCCAAGUCUAGGUCCAAAAGGCUCCUUAACAGCUUCUACCCCCAAGCCAUAAGACUGCUGAUCAAUUAAUCAAAUGGCCACCCGGACUAUUUACAAUGACAAAAUGAGUAGUUGCAUAAAUCUUCUCCGCCCCAUGGCAUAAUGAAUUGCAGCAAACUUGCUUUAAAACUGCAAAAUGUUCUGUAGGCCCCAUGGCAAAAUGUGUAGAAUGGCAGAAAGUGUACUCAAACUUUUUUCUCUCCGCUGUCAAUAGGGGGGGGCUAAAAUGUUUUGCUCGCAAGGUGAGUGGGAGGGGGGGUCCUCAACAAAAUGUUGUUUAGGUCCACCAAAAGGCUAGGGCUAGCUCUGACUGCAUGUGUGGGUAUGGAUGUGGGUACCAGUACGGCCCCUCAUCAUGAGUUCAGAUUUUCUGUGGCCCCCACCCCCAUCAAAGUUGCCCAUCCCUGGUCUAGGUAUUAGCUGUAAGUGCCAACAUAAGUCUUCAGAUCUCAGGCUACAUGAACUACUUCCACUACAUAACGCUCAGUGCAUACAUUGACUGACUUGUUGUCGUUCCCAGGAGGAGAGUGCCAGCCACGAGUGCAACCAGCGCCUGGUGGUGCUCUACGGCGUGGGCAAGCAGCGAGACGAAGCAAGGCACGCCAUCAAGAAAAUCACCAAAGACAUCUUGAAGGUGCUCAACCGCAAAAGCACAGCAGAGACCGGUAAGACCCUUGCUGUUGGUGUACAUGCUUUAUGAUUGAUGAUGCUAACUGCUUGUAUUACCUUAUCUAUGGGCCUUCUAUUUCCCUAGUGCAAAAUGGCAUGUUUGAUGUAUUUCUCUCUGCAGUUGCUUUUAGCAUGUUUCACGUAGAGAGAUAAGAAAGACUAUGCUCAUUCUGGAAACUCGAGACUCUGACAUGACUUUGAGCACCAGUUGUGAUGUGCAACCAUAGAUUUAUGGAGCGAGGUUAUAUACUCCCACAACUCUCAGCAGAUGUGCUCCCUGUAUAUCACAUUACAGAUAAUGUUUGUGCAGAUUGCAGCGAGCCGUUAUCUUGUUAACAUAGUUUUUUAUGGACGCUGUGCCUGUUUUUACGCUGGCUCAGCUCUCGGGCUACCUCACAAAUGGCACCCUAUUCCUACAUAAUGCACUAUUUAGGGAAUAGGGUGCGAUUGUUGACGCACAACUCUGCUGUUAAAUCUGCCACAAUCUUAUCCCCUCAGUAACGUUUCCCAAGUUGAAAACUGACCUCAGAAACCUUCAUUUCUUUACUCGCAACACUCUUUCCCCCCCUCUGUUCUUCAUUAUAGAACACAGGCUUUUGACUUUUUUGACGAUUGACCUCAGGGCUCGCAUCCUUCAUUCAAUAUUCAUUUUCAUCCUGUCCAAUUUCUAUGCUAAUAGCUGUCAUUUGCUGCCACCCAUCUUAUUUCUCAGCGCAUGUGACCUUAACAAGGGCUUUUUGAAAAGUUACAAUUAUGCAGGCUAAAGUGCUUUAUGCUUAUUUCAUUCAAGUAAUUUCAGUUCAGCCAUACAGUGAGGGGAAAAAAGUAUUUGAUCCCCUGCUGAUUUUGUACGUUUACCCACUGACAAAGAAAUGAUCAGUCUAUAAUUUUAAUGGUAGGUUUAUUUGAACAGUGAGAGACAGAAUAACAACAAAAAAAUCCAGAAAAACGCAUGUCAAAAAAUUUAUAAAUUGAUUUGCAUUUUAAUGAGGGAAAUAAGUAUUUGACCCCCUCUCAAUCAGAAAGAUUUCUGGCUCCCAGGUGUCUUUUAUACAGGUAACGAGCUGAGAUUAGGAGCACACUCUUAAAGGGAAUGCCCCUAAUCUCAGCUUGUUACCUGUAUAAAAGACACCUGUCCAUAGAAGCAAUCAAUCAAUCAGAUUCCAAACUCUCCACCAUGGCCAAGACCAAAUAACUCUCCAAGGAUGUCAGGGAUAAGAUUGUAGACCUACACAAGGCUGGAAUGGGCUACAAGACCAUCGCCAAGCAGCUUGGUGAGAAGGUGACAACAGUUGGUGCGAUUAUUCGCAAAUGGAAGAAACACAAAAUAACUGUCAAUCUCCCUUGGCCUGGGGCUCCAUGCAAGAUCUCACCUCGUGGAGUUGCAAUGAUCAUGAGAACGGUGAGGAAUCAGCCCAGAACUACACGGGAGGAUCUUGUAAAUGAUCUCAAGGCAGCUGGGACCAUAGUCACCAAGAAAACAAUUGGUAACACACUACGCCGUGAAGUACUGAAAUCCUGCAGCGCCCGCAAGGUCCCCCUGCUCAAGAAAGCACAUAUACAGGGCCGUCUGAAGUUUGCCAAUGAACAUCUGAAUGAUUCAGAGGAGAACUGGGUGAAAGUGUUGUGGUCAGAUGAGACCAAAAUGGAGCUCUUUGGCAUCAACUCAACUCGCCGUGUUUGGAGGAGGAGGAAUGCUGCCUAUGACCCCAAGAACACCAUCCCCACGGUCAAACAUGGAGGUGGAAACAUUAUGCUUUGGGGGUGUUUUUCUGCUAAGGGGACAGGACAACUUCACCGCAUCAAAGGGACGAUGGACGGUCAAAUCUUGGGUGAGAACCUCCUUCCCUCAGCCAGGGCAUUGAAAAUGGGUCGUGGAUGGGUAUUCCAGCAUGACAAUGACCCAAAACACACGGCCAAGGCAACAAAGGAGUGGCUCAAGAAGAAGCACAUUAAGGUCCUGGAGUGGCCUAGCCAGUCUCCAGACCUUAAUCCCAUAGAAAAUCUGUGGAGGGAGCUGAAGGUUCGAGUUGCCAAACGUCAGCCUCGAAACCUUAAUGACUUGGAGAAGAUCUGCAUAGAGGAGUGGGACAAAAUCCCUCCUGAGAUGUGUGCAAACCUGGUGGCCAACUACAAGAAACGUCUGACCUCUGUGAUUGCCAACAAGGGUUUUGCCACCAAGUACUAAGUCAUGUUUUGCAGAGGGGUCAAAUACUUAUUUCCCUCAUUAAAAUGCAAAUCAAUUUAUAACAUUUUUGACAUGCAUUUUUUCUGGAUUUUGUUGUUGUUAUUCUGUCUCUCACUGUUCAAAUAAACCUACCAUUAAAAUUAUAGACUGAUCAUGUCUUUGUCAGUGGGCAAACGUACAAAAUCACCAGGGGAUCAAAUACUUUUUUCCCUCAGUGUAUUUCUGCUUAGGAGUUGAGCGGAUGUCCUUCUGGUUAAAAUCAUAUUUCCCUUGUGCUUUGCAUAAACUUCUCUUUUCCUUUUUUAUAUUUUAAUUGUGCUAUUUGAGCACUAUCUUUUAUAAUGUCCAUUUUAAAAGGGCAUAGGGUGCCAUUUGGGACGUAACCAUGUCAUCAGACGACCUCUGACCUUUGAGAAAGGCCCUGUAUGUAAUAGUAGACUUUCUCUUCUCUCUCAGGAGGAGAGGAAGGACAGAAGAGGAAGAGGAGUAAGCCCGAGGCCUUCCCCACAGCAGAGGACAUCUUCUCCAAAUUCCAGCAUCUCUCCCACUUUGACCAGCACCAGGUCACCUCUCAGGUGAGAGAGACCCCCCCCCCCCCCCCCCCCCCCCUCUCAAGUUAUUCUGUAAAAAUAGAUACUGAUGAUAUGUCCACCAUUCAAUACUUCCAAGGAAGUCGCAUUUAAAUGAUUCCCAUAAAACCACAUCUUUCACUGCAAACUGAUAUUUUCAAUUACCUUUAUUUUAAUACUAGAGUAUGUAAUGUUAUGGAUAUUCACAGUUAUGUAUUUACAGUAGGCCUGUGUGGAUGUGUGAAUAACCCUUUUGCCCUUCUCUCUGACUAGGUGUCCAGGAAUGUUCUGGAACAGAUCACCAGCUUUGCCUUAGGGAUGUCCUAUCACCUGCCCCUGGUCCAGCACAUCCAGUUCAUAUUUGACCUCAUGGAGUACUCCCUCAACAUUAGUGGCCUCAUCGACUUUGCCAUUCAGGUACAGCUUUAUCUCUAAUGUCAAUGCAUUUGAUCAUAGCGUUGAAUUACACUUCUCGUAGUUAUACAGUUAUAUUUUCUAUUUUAUUCCAUGGAUGGUUUUAAUAUUUUUCUAACUAACCUUCUCUCGCUUCCCCUUUCCCGUGCCUGUGUGUGUGUGUGUGUACCUGUGUAUCUAGCUGCUGAACGAGCUGAGCCUGGUGGAGGCAGAGCUGCUGCUCAAGUCGUCCAGCCUGGUGGGCAGCUACACCACGGGCUUGUGUCUGUGCAUCGUGGCCGUGCUGCGGAGGUACCACUCCUGCCUCAUCCUCAACCCCGAGCAGACGGCGCAGGUCUUUGACGGGUAAGUCACACAAGCUUAACUAUUCACUUCAAUAGCCUGGGGCGCUAUCCAACCCCUAGGCAUUCAGCUCUAUUAUAUAGCCUGGUUGCCAGUCUGAAUCGUCUUUAGCCAUUGUAUGGGCAAGGCAGUGACAUGGCGUUAUUGAAUACAGAAACAGUCAGAUACGUAUUCACUGCCUAUAAACCCGUCUCUGUUUUAUACAGACCUAGGUCAUAAAAAAUUAUAGCUAAAUCAAAUACUUUAGUAUCAAAUACGCCCCUCAAGUACUUUGGAGUUUGCACUUUUGGGACUAUUCCAUUGGUCCCCUUGUAUCCUGCAAACUCAAUUCAACCGGUCUUCCAUAACUCAUUUAGUACAGGAAGCUUUCUGUCCUUUGUUGUUUUGCAUUAACGUGUUGAAUUCUAUUCAUUGAGCAGGUUGCGCAUCGUGGUGAAGUCAGGGGUGAACCCUGCAGACUGCUCCUCAGCCGAGCGCUGCAUCCUGGCCUACCUGUAUGACCUCUAUACCUCCUGCAGUCACCUCAAGAGCAAGUUUGGAGAGAUCUUCAGGUAA